AGGGUCCGGAUCUCGUUGUAUGAUCAUGACAGCCUUCCAUGGGAAUCCGACGACCUGAUGGGACGGACUUACACUGAUAUCGACGGGAAAUUUGUGGUAGAAGGCUGCGGCGACGAUUUCGGGCCUUGGAACGACCCAGAUCCCUAUAUCGUGGUAGAGCAUCGGUGCCCUUACGUUGGGCAUACUGUAGCCAUUACGCAUCGAAAAACUAUUGUCGACGUCUGGAAAACGUUCAUGCCAAUGGAAACAAGCGUCGGCUUGGUACGACUCGACCUGAACCAAGAGGGC